CCCUCAGCCUGGGGGGCGCCAUCUUGUGCCCUCCCGAUGAAUGAGCGGCGCCGCAAAGGAGCGAGUCCAUCCGGUUGGGUCCGCUGCUCCGUCUCUCAGCGUGGCCUGUCAUGGCGUCCUGCCUCGGCAGCCUGUUCCUCUUUCUCUGUUUGGGGCGCGCCUUGGCGGCCUCCGAGUUGCUCAAUGAAGAGGUGAAGCGGACGAUAGAUCUCAGCACGCACCUAGCGAAAGUGACGGCAGAGCUGAGCUUGGCCAACGCCGCUGGGAGCUCCGGGGCCGCCUCCUCCUUCCUUCUGGCUUUGGACCCCGGUCUGGAGAGCCGCUUGGCAUACCUGGGAGUUCAGGUGAAAGGUGAAGAAGAGGAGGAGAAUACUUUGGAGGUGAAGGAGACAAAGGUUAAGAGUAAAAAUGGAAAAUUCUUCACUGUAAAAUUGCCAUCUCCUCUAUCUCCGGGAGCAAAAAUUCGCUUAUCUGUUGAAACAGUUUUUACUCAUGUCCUUCAGCCAUAUCCCACACACAUCACCCAGGCAGAGAAGCAGUUUGUAAUUUUUGAGGGUAAUCACUAUUUUUAUUCUCCAUAUCCAACCAAGACUCAGACUACUCGUGUGAAACUGGCUUCAAGGAAUGUGGAAAAUUAUACCAAACUAGGCAAUCCCAGUCGGUCAGAAGACAUGAUUGAAUAUGGACCCUUCAAAGAUAUACCACCAUAUAGUGAGGAUACCCUUAAAGUACACUAUGAAAACAACAGCCCAUUCCUGACUAUCACAAGUAUGACACGUGUCAUUGAAGUUUCACACUGGGGUAAUAUUGCUGUAGAAGAAACUAUUGAUUUAAAGCAUACAGGAGCUGUGCUCAAAGGGCCUUUCUCCAGAUAUGACUACCAAAGGCAGCCAGACAGUGGAAUAUCUUCUGUGAAAUCUUUUAAGACUAUUCUUCCUGCUGCAGCUCAAGACGUAUAUUACAGAGAUGAAAUUGGCAACAUAUCUACCAGUCAUCUUCUUGUCCUGGAUGAUUCAGUGGAGAUGGAGAUUCGUCCUCGUUUCCCUCUGUUUGGGGGUUGGAAGACCCACUACAUCAUUGGUUAUAACCUGCCUAGCUAUGAAUACCUUUUUAAUCUUGGUGAUCAGUAUGCUCUGAAGAUGAGAUUUGUUGACCAUGUGUUUGAUGAGCAAGUUACAGACUCACUGACUGUAAAGAUAAUUCUUCCAGAAGGUGCCAAGAAUAUCCAUGUGGAUAGUCCGUAUGAAAUCAGCCAGGCUCCUGAUGAGCUUCAUUAUACCUACUUGGACACAUUUGGCCGCCCAGUCAUUGUAGCACACAAGACUAACCUAGUAGAGCAGCACAUCCAGGAUAUUGUGGUGCACUACAACUUUAACAAGGUCCUGAUGUUGCAGGAACCUCUGUUGGUAGUUGGAGCCUUCUACAUCCUAUUCUUCACCGUGAUUCUCUAUGUGAGGCUUGACUUCUCCAUCACUAAGGAUCCAGCGGCAGAAGCUAGGAUGAAAGUUGCCUGCAUUACAGAGCAAGUUCUUACCUUAGUGAACAAGAGACUAGGUUUGUACCGCCAUUUUGAUGAAUCUGUGAAUAAGUACAAGCAGUCACGGGAUAUAUCCACCCUGAACAGUGGCAAAAAAUCUCUGGAGACUGAACACAAGGCCUUAACCGGUGAAAUAGCUUCAUUGCAGUCCAAGCUGAAGACGGAAGGCUCGGACUUGUGUGAUAAAGUCAGUGAAAUUCAGAAACUUGACAGCCAAGUUAAGGAGCUGGUUCUGAAAUCUUCUGUGGAGGCUGAGCGGCUGGUAGUUGGCAAACUUAAGAAGGAUACAUACAUAGAGAAUGAGAAGCUGCAUUCCAAUAAGCGGCAGGAGCUGAUCACCAAAAUCGACAACAUCCUUGAUGCACUAUAACUUAGAAGUUAAAAGCUUAAAAAAAUGAGGAAAGAGCUAAAGGCUGUUGAAUAGGCAUACUGAGCCAGUCCAAGAUGGGGAAUUGGCAGGGGGUGGGGGAAGUCACUGGGCUAUAAAAUUGGGGCAAAGGAUAAUAUUUUGGAAAUGUCUUUCUUUAAAAUUUGGAGCAAAUAUUUUAGGGCCUGUUUGUGAUGUGUAUUACCUGGGAGAUGUGUAGCAUAAUGUGCCUUGUAUUUACUGUAACCAUGGUCCUUCUGUAAAGGGCAAACUGUUAGUAACAUGACUUCACAGUCUGUCUGUUGAUGUGGCGAAAGGACCCUUAGUUAUCAGUUGGCAAGUGUACAUACAGGUCUUCUAUGUCGGCACUGAAAGUUUCAACUAGAGAGGAUAAAUACAACUGGUCUAUUCAGAGGUUUGGUGGGAAAGUUUUCUUCCAGUCCUGCAUCACUGAAUUUACACUUUUAUAUUUUGGAGAUGGACUGUAGACAAGGAACUUGAACAAAGGAAUUUUUUACAGUAUUGUCACACAAGUUGAGAUUCUUGCACCUUUGAAAUUACAGCAUCAGGUAGAGUCCAGUGCAGGUGAAGGGUAUGGGUAUGAUUAAUUUGCUUAUAAGCCAGUGCUUUUCCUCAGAUGGAUUUUCCUUUUUUUUUAAAAAAAAAAACGACUUGUAGAAAAGACCAAACUGAAAUAAAGUUUUUGGCUGUU